UUUGUAUUCCAGAGCGGGACGUGGUGGACGAUAUGACCGACCCAGACGCAUCUUCCGGCACGCGAGACGUCCUCUACAUUUCUAUGCUCUUCCUUGUCAUUUUACUGAUCUCUGUUAUAUGGAUUUUCACGCUCUUCAGCAAGCCGAAGAGCCUGCAACAGGUCAAUGAUAGCAGAAGCACGUCUGCAACAGGAAUCACGGUUCAACGCAACAAUGGCGGUCAACGGCGAAGUCCAAGCACUACAGAGUCACCACAACGACACGAAAGAGGAAGGAAUCGAGAGCUUUUCGGACGUUACUGGAGCACACGAGAAGGUCGACGUAUAUUCUUGAAAAGGUAUCGCCCGCCGUAUUCAUUGAAGACCGAGACAACCGAGAGCCCUUGGAUUACCCUAGACUUUGCGCCGACAUCAACUUUGCCCGAAGCCCAUUACUGCCGAGCUGAAGAAUGCGGUAGGCUGACACGGAUACUGCGAACCUCCAUAAGGCUCGACAAAAAUCCCUGCGAUGAUUUCUAUUCGUACGUCUGUUCCGGCCUUCACCCGAUUCUGCCCCCUGGAAGACACAGCAUACUUGAUACGUUGGAGCAUAGUGUCACGGCUAACGUAAUACGCCACAGUGUAUCUAUCCGGAUCCCUCAGUCCAGGCAGACCGCAUUUGAAAAAGCGUCAGCCUUCUAUAAGAGCUGCGUUAUGAGUUUCAAGGACUGGCGCCGAAAUCGGGAUUCAUUAGCAAACUUUCUUCUGGAGAACAGCCUGGGUUUCACUGCGAACACAAAAUUCGAUCCAAUAGAAUGCAUGAUUCGUCUAAUCUUUACGUACGGUAUGCACGUCGUACUUCGUAUCGAUGUCCAGAAGCAAUUUUUGUACAAAGGCAGAUACUUAUUUUUGUUGGAAGAAAGCGACGAGUUCCGGAAAUGGAGGCAAGACAGAGAAAAAUUGACGGAAGGCUACGCAAUAUUUGUUGCAAAGGUCUUGCAGGUUCUCGACAUCAAUGAAGAUCCUGACGAAAGCGCGCUAAUCCAUAACAUAAAGUCUGCAGAGGGUGCUGUGAUGAAGAUUAGUGUAGCAACUUAUGAAGACCCCUCUGCUUCUUAUAUCUUCAACCUUUCAAGCAUUGGAUAUUGGAUGGACAGCAGAGGGGACCUCGGCACUUCCUGGAUCAGCCAUAUGGUGAAGCACAGCCAUGGGUACCUACCAGGGGACUCCGCAAUUAAAGGAACUGCAAGAUCGUUCCACAUAUUACGAAACUUGCUGACUCACUUUCAUCCAGACGAUCUCAAGCUUUACUUGACGUGGGAGGUAACUCGACAGAUGUCCCUUAUGGCCGGCGUGGUGGGCAGCAGAACGGCCCUCGAGGUUCGCUCCCAGUGCUUUGGCCAUACCGUACGGCUCUUACGUCAUGCGUUCGUGGCACCUUACUUGCUUUCCGCUGUGAACCAGUCAAGACUGAAUGCGGUCCGGCACCUGGCUAAAAAUAUCCGUUACCACUUCGCGAAGACAAUAUCUAGGUCCACCUUGCUGGACCAAAUAUCUCGUCGCGCGUCUCUGCAAAAAAUAUACAGCAUGCGAUGGAAGAUUGCCUACCCUAAAGGGAAAAGCGACAGGGAUUCCAUUAACCGUCUUUACAGGUAUUACCCUGAUGUUCGAGGACCUUUCCUCACUGCGUGCACUAAAACUUGGCGAGCCCACAUGGCUAGCUUGAUAGACUUCGCCACGACAGCGAACCCCGACGUUGUGGAAGCCGACUUCGACAACAUGAGGGCGAAUGCAUUCUACGUGCGCGGAUCGAACAUGGUAGUCGUUCCAGCAACGUCUCUACUGCCUCCAGUAUACGCUCAUGGAGCCCCCACUGGAAUAAACUAUGGAGGUCUGGGACGCUUGGUGAGCCACGAAAUAAUGCACGCUUUUGACGCCAAAGGAGUGCAGCACAACCAAUACGGACGCAACCAGGUCAUCUGGACAAAGAGAGUGCGGCGGAAGAGCCUCAAGAAAUUGAAGUGUUUAUCCACGGUCUCACGUAGCAGCACCUUCAGGAGCGAAAUCACCGCUGAUUUUGUAGGUCUUCAAUCUCUCCACAAAGCGUACAAGAAUGCAAAGGGAAAUUCGUCUGCAGUGAAGGGUUUGGAGUAUUUCACUAAUGACCAGCUCUUCUUCGUCAACUGGUGUUUCUCCUUCUGUGACAACGAAGCACAGAGCGACAAUAAAAAGAAGUCUUUGCUUCGUUGUAACAUACCGCUUAUGAAUUCUAAAGAAUUCGCAAGUGCAUUCAGGUGUCCUCGAAGGUCACCGAUGAACCCGAGAAAUAAAUGUACCUACUGGUGA